UCAGGAGAUGAAAUGCUCUCAACAUGACAGACUGCUGGAGGUUUUCUGUCGUACUGAUCAGAGAUGUGUUUGUUAUCUGUGUACGAUUGAUGAGCAUAAAAAUCACGACACUGUAUCAGCUGCAGCAGAGAGAACAGAGAAACAGAGACUAUUGGAGGACAACCAGAGAAAACACCAGCAGAGAAUCCAGGAGAAAGAGAAGAAGCUUCAGGAUCUCAGAGAGGCUGUGAAGACACACAAGAUUUAAGAAAAAUACUGAUUUGACAUUGACAUUCUUCCUACCAAUGAAUCAAGUACCAGGAUGGAGUUCAUACAAU